AUGACCUUCUACAUCUCAGAUCCCUUGCAGAAAUUUGGUCUCGGUGGAGCCUCAAUGGACUCCUGCGAAAGAAUGGCUAGAGAUGACUUUGACGCCAAGGCCAUCACUUUGAAGACAAUCUCGAACGAGGAACACAUUGUAGAUAACCCUCGCCGCUUGGCUAUGAAACGCCCCCCACCAAAGAUAUCGAACCAGGAUUGGUACCAGCGCCGGGGUUACGUUGUAUAUACUCACAAACAAAAUGCCUGGUUCGAAACGGACCCAACAGGCAAGGCAUGGGGCGUAAGGGCGGUAUUCCUACGAAAGAAUCUCGUCUAG